AUGAUAGAAAUCGACGGUGAAAAACACGAAGGAGGCGGGCAAACCGUUCGUCUCGCCGUCGCACUCAGCGUCGUCCUCAAGAAAUCCUGUCGUAUCAAAAAUAUUAGAGCAAAACGAUCGCGGCCUGGUCUAGGGAAUCAACAUGUAGCAGGAGUAAAUUUGGUGGAAGAGCUUGCAGGUUGCGAGUUCAUUGACAAUGACGGUCUUCCCGUGGAAAUUGGUGCUACAUCGAUCAUCAUCAACGCAGACGAAAUAAACUACACGCAUAAUAUUAAAAAGUUCACGGCUGAUGCAAAAACAGCGGGUUCUUGCGCGCUCAUGGCUCAAGUUGCUCUUCCGAUAUUGUGUUUCUGGAAAAGCGAAGUCGAAAUCGAGCUCAAAGGCGGCACUGAUGCAGAUAUGGCUCCUCCUGUCGACGAUCAAAUAGAAGUCUUUGCAUUUUACUUGCGAAAGUUUGGCGUAAAGCUCGAAAUCGAGCAGAAACGCCGCGGAUUCUUCCCCCGCGGUGGUGGCCUCUGCGUUUACAAAGUCAGACCAGUUGAGAAACUCAAGCCCGUCCAAAUUUCCUGCCCAAAAGUGGUCGAUAUCUUCGCUGAAAUCUGGCACUGCAAUACGCGCAAGAAUACACAUACUCGUUUCUUCAAUCAACUCGACCAAAUGGCCCGAAAAGUAAAGACCCUCGAGAACCACGAAAAGGUGCGAAGGGUUGAUGUCCGUCUGACGGAGCGUCCCGAGCCAGCCGAUGGCUUCGCUGCGGGGAUUUAUCUUUACGGGCGGAAUAUCGACUUCAAGUGCGCUUACGAUGCCAAAAUUGCUAAGAACAACAGAGGCGGUCCAAUUCCUGAUGGGGUCUGCGAAGCUCUGAUGGUCGCGACCGUUGAAGACCUUGACGGAUGCGAAGAUAUCUCCCUUGAUCGACACCACUCGGACCAGUUUUUGAUUUACGCAGCCUUAGCCGAUGGAGAGUCGAAAAUUCCAAUAUGCAAGCCAAACGGAAACGUACCGGGGCACAUUCUCUCCGCAAUCUACGUGAUAAAUACAUUCCUCCCAAAUACCUGCACACUUCAAGGAAACAUUUUGACCGUCAAGGGGAUAGGCCACACGCGCCAAGUUCAAAAUGAAAAGAAGAAGAUAGCGAUGUCGCUCAUAAAUAGAUUCACGAAUAUUUUACAAAAUGCCGUCGAGGCUCUUGCUCCGCAGGCGUCUUCAAUGGAGGAAUUUACGUUUCACUGGAAAAGAAUAACCAAUUACUACAUUGAAACUUCCGAUGAAAAGGAACCCGUGAGUAGGACGAAUAUUCCCGCUCAUCUUGAGCAAAUGCUUGAAAUUCUUAUUGCCGAAGAGCUCGAGUUGAUCGAGGAAUUCGGCUCUGCUGAGAAUCAAACUGGACCAUGUCUUGAGCAUCUCCUUCAUCAAAAUAUCCUCGAAACCUUGACUACUUUUGGUCGAGGAGACACCCCUCCUGGAAUGAAACAGCAGGUCCUGCACUUCGCUACAACGCUUUUGGGAAAGAUCAAACAACCUCUUCUACCCCAUGUUAAUGUUCACAAGCCAGUAAUCAAGCUUGUGGCCAUCUGCGGAGAAGUUAUGGCCGCACCGACAGAGAAAGAAGAAGUGCACUUUCUCUGCGUUGUCUGUUCGAAAAUAAAACUCGAUCCCUAUCAGGUUAAUUUCUUUGUCCAAGCGCCCACCAUGCCAAAUAUAAAACGCAAAUCGCCAAAUCCUAUCGAGCAGAUUGCAGAAGAACUCGAUGAUAUUUCGGUUAAAGAGUCAGAACUCGUCGAAGUUGAUGUCCAAUCGCUGGAGAUAGAUACGGAAGCCGGUACCGGAUUGAAAUACUACCACCAGAAACGUGAUGAAUUUCUUCUCGCAGAAGGCUUGCUAAAUUUAACGAAAUCGCCAGAUCAGAAAAUUGCCGUGAAAGCAUGCGAAGGGUUGAUGCUCCUUGUCGGUCUUCCAGAAGCAAAGGCUUCGAAAACUCUUGUGGAGUGCACGCAGCUCGCAAAUUUCAUCUGUUGUAAAUUGUCGAAACUGAUUGUAGAGCUACCACUGACCCUUGACCCUGCCGAUGUUGAAUCAACCGAGGCCAAGUGGGGUCUCGACUCGUAUUCAGCUAAAGAAGACAAGCAAGCGUUCACUGGAAAACGACAGCUUAGAUCGUUUCUCUCCUUUCUCGACUUCAUCGAUACAUUGAUAGAAGAAAGUCAUCGGGUUAUCGGAAGCACCUUAGCGAAGGCAAUAAAAAUCCAUGUGUUCGACAAAGUUCUAAAAGACCUACUGCUCGCUACUAAUGAAAAUACCGCUCUCUCGAUCACAGCUGUGCUGACGAAAAUCAUCCAAGACUGCAAAAGCCAAUACAUUAUCCAACAAUUAACACAGUUCAUGCUUGGCGAUAAAGCCGAAAAACCCGAGGAGAAACAAGAAGACAACCUUUGCAGUCAGAAUGUUCGUCAAACGCUUAUCGCAAGAUGUGACCAUAUUUCCGACGAGCUUGCCAUUACAACGCUCAGGUUAUUCGAGGUCCUUCUUCAAAAAACCGACAAACUGGCUAUAGAAAAUCUAAUUUCUAGAAACCUAGUUUCUAGAGGCUAUGUUGCCCCUGCGGAGAAAACAAAUGAAGCUGACGAAGAACCGACAUCUGAAGCAACAGACUCAGUAACUCAAGAACCCGAGUUCGAGUGGGACGACAGUGAUGUUAUUCCAAAAACGACUACUGUCGCCAAAAAAGAACCAGAGAUAACCGCAGAACAACUCGCCGAUCCUAAAAAGCGAUUGGAACACAUGGUCAAUCUGUUCUUAUCAGUUGUUCCAGAAAAUUUAAGAAGUAGUUAUGAACAAGAAGAGCUUGGUCACGAGCAGUACCUUCGAGAUGCUCACACAGCGUUCCGUGAUGCAGCUAAAAAGACGAAGAGAUUCAACUGGCCGGUCAAAGUGGAUCAGUCAGUUGUUCCCACGUCAGACGAGUUCUUCCCUGGUUCUUUUACUUCCAUGCUCAUGAAUAAGCUGUCUCGUGUUUUGGACCAGCCUUAUGAUAUAAACCUGCAAGUCACUUCUGUCGUCUCUCGCUUUUGCUUAGUUCCGCAUGUUUACCUAACAGAGUACGCCCUGGAUCCUCUCAUCAAGCCAAAAUCUUCCUCCCAAACGCUCUACAGUACGCUUCAAAAUGUCGUCAAGGUGCUAGAAACGCGCGCCGCUAGAAUACCCAACUUCAGGGACAAACUUGUCUCCACGAGAAAACGCCUCAUCGGCAUGGAACAGGACUUCGACAAUCCGGAACACAGGACGCUCCUCGAAGGUGUUAUCGUGCUUGAAGAGUUCUGUAAAGAAGUAGCGGCCGUCGCUUUUGUCAAGCAUCACGCAGCUUCCAGUGGCAUCGAUAACCUUUCCGUUUGA